ACGUUGUCAAUCCUCCCACUGCAUAAUACGUAAUAGAGAUGGAAGAGAGAAGGGCUGUGCUAGACUACUGGUACGUACACGCAUUCUCUCUCCCGGAGAGCUUGAGAAAGAGAGAGUGAGAUCCAUGGCGACCUACCGUCCGGACAGCAACACCCUCCUGGCGGACGACUCGAUCCUGGAGUACGUGCUGGAGACGACGGUGUACCCGCGGGAGCACGAGCGCCUGCGCGAGCUCCGCCUCAUCACGCAGCAGCACCCCAAGUCCUUCAUGGGGUCGUCGCCGGACCAGAUGCAGUUCUUCUCCGUCCUGCUCAAGAUGAUCGGCGCCAGCAACACAAUCGAGGUCGGCGUGUUCACCGGAUACUCACUGCUCACCACCGCUCUCGCCCUCCCCGCCGGCGGCAAGGUGGUGGCGAUCGAUGCGAGCCGGGAGUACUACGAGCUGGGGCGGCCGGUGAUCGAGAAGGCCGGCGUCGCGCACAAGGUGGACUUCCGCGAGGGCGACGGGGUCGCCGAGCUCGACAAGAUCCUGUCCGAGGACGGCGGCGCCAGGGCCGGCACGUUCGACUUCGCGUACGCGGACGCGGACAAGCUGCAGUACGCGGGGUACCACGAGCGGCUGCUGCGCCUGGUGCGCGUCGGCGGCGCCAUCGCCUACGACAACACGCUCUGGGGCGGCUCCGUGGCCAUGCCCCGCGACAAGCCGGGCAGCUCCGAAUACGACCGCCGGGUGCGGGACAGCUUCCUUGAGUUCAACGCCGCCGUCGCCGCAGACGACCGCGUCGAGGCCUGCAUCGUCCCCAUCGCCGACGGCGUCACGCUGUGCCGCCGCGUCAAGUGAAGUGCUCCGCUCUAAUCAUCGAUCGAGUCAGAUCUCAGAUGCAUCUGCGAGUCGUGUCAUUUCGUGACAAUGAUGUCCUACCUGGUUUCUCACCGUUGUGUCGACUUGUGGAAUCGGGUGAGCUUAUCUUUUGAAAUUUCUGGCAUCCAUCACGUGAACGUUUAUUGCUUUCGAGUGGGCCUCGAUUCCCGUCACGCUAGCAAACCACUGCAGUACUGUACGGGUGCUGUGCAGUCACUGUCAUGUGGGACCUGACCCCACAUGUCAUCCAUACUACAACACCAUACAGUACUGUAGAAGAUCUCAACCCAACCAAUAUGGCUGCUCAUCUAUGUGCUCAACACCAGUGAGUGAGGUUGUCGGAAGUGUCUUUUGUUCAACUUUGUUCUAAGCUUCCUCCCUGAUUGUAUUGCCCGCGAAUGUAGUAUUAUUGAGUAAUCAAUAAAGCUCCUGAAUUAUAAAA